AUGAUAUAUAUUGGAAUGUCAAAAUACACCAAUUUACGAAAGGUAUUUUUAUUAUUUAUACUUAUAUCAGUAGUAAAUUGUGGAAUACCAGGUUUACAUAAAUGGGUAAUAAAUAAUUUUCCUAGUUGUGUGAAAAUUGUUGAAAAAAAUCAAUUAGUAGACGUUGAUACUUAUAUAAAUAAGAAUAAUAAAAUAGAGAAUACUGUAAAUAAUGGAAAUGAUAUAAUUAAAAAUAAAGGGAUAAAUAAAGGAAUAAAUAAAGAAGGAAAUAAAGAAUCAAGAUAUAAUAAUAAAAUAUUAGAUGUUGAUAAUUUAUUAUUCGAUUUAAAUCAAUUAUUACAUAAAGCAAAUGUUGAAUUUUGUAGUUACAAUAAUUAUUUUUUUAAACUUUCAAAUUUAAUAAAAAAUGUAUUAAAAAAAUUUCAUCCAAAAAAAAAUGUGGUUUUUGCCAUUGAUGGGAUAUGUCCAUUUUCGAAAUUAAAAUUACAAAUAAAAAGAAGAGCAAAAAUAAAAUAUAAAGAAAAUAAAAAUAUAAUAAAUGAUAUAACUUGUGGAAGUGUAUUUAUAGAAAAAAUUGGACAAUUUCUUAUAAAUUUUGUAAAAUGGUUAGCAUCUCUCGAAAAAUAUGCUAAUGUAAAAUUUUAUAUUUCAACUGCCAAAGAAGUAGGUGAAGGGGAAUUAAAACUUAUGAACUGGAUAACUAGUUAUGUUAAAAAAGACAAAAAAGAAAAUAACAAUGAUAUCGAAAAUAAUGAAUUAUUAAAAUAUUCAAAUUAUGAUAAAACUGAUUCUAAACGAGAAGAAGAAUCAUUUAUUGUAGUGGGCGCAGAUGCAGAUUUGUUGUUACAAUGCUUGGCAUUAAAAAAUAUACGAAAUGUAUAUAUAUAUACAUAUCAGACAUUUUAUUUAAAUAUGGAUAAUGAUUUUUUAUUUAAGAAAGAAAAACAAUUAAUAGACAAACAAGGAAAAAAUAAAGAUGAAGAAAUAGUAAAUGAAACUUGUUAUGUUGGAAAGGAAAAUGAAUUAACAAAUUCAGGGAAAGCAAUUAACAAUUUAGUAAAUAUAAAAAAAAUAGCGAGGAAAAAAAUCAUGGUUUUAUAUAACUUAAAUAUAUUUAUUAAUUUAUUUUUAAAUAAAUAUCCUAUCUUUUUUAAUCAAAUAAAACGAGAUUUAUUAAUUUUGUUUAUUUUAAAGGGAAAUGAUUAUUUACCAAAAGUUAGAGAAGGAAAUUUUAAUGUUUUUUUUGAAGCAUAUUUUAAAAUGCUAGAAGAUAAUAUGAAAAAGGAAAAAAAAAAAAUAAAUAAUGUAAAGAAUAUAACAUAUAAUGGAUUUUUAAAUAAAAAUUGUGAAUUAAAUCGAAAAGAAUUUUUAAAAUUUUUGAAUUAUGUUCAGAAGGUUAUUAAUUUUUCAAGUAGCUAUUUGAGUAGAAAUACGGAAGGAAAUUAUUUAAAUUUGGAAAAUAAUGUUGAGUUUAAGGAAAAUCAACUUUAUUUACCUUUAUAUCUUGUAAAUGAAAUUAUAAAAAAAAAAAUAGUUGAAAAUGAAAAUAUAGAUAUGCAAAUUGAGAAAAAUAACGAAGAAUUAUAUAAAUGUACAUUAGUGUAUUUAAAAAAUGAAAACAAAAUAAAAAAAUAUUAUUAUGGAGUUUCAAAAAGAAAAAAAAUAGCUAUGCAUAUAGCAUCUUCUAAAUUUAUAGAAAAUGAACUUCCUUUAUUUAUAAAAUAUAUUGAUUUUAAUUUAUUAAAAAAUACUAUUAAAGAAGUUGAUAGGAUUGAUGAAAUAAAUUUGGAGAAAUUAAAAAUGUGUGUGGGUGAAAAUUGUAAUACAGAUAAGGAAAUUCGUAAAUUAGAAAAUUUUGAAAGCACAAAUAAAAAUGAAGAAAAUAGUUUUAGUGAAUUAGAAAUGAAUAUAUUUACAAAAGAUGAUGAAAAAGAAGACAGGAAAAUGGAAAUAUAUUUAAAAAAAUUUUACACAAAAAAUUGUAAAAAAAAAAAAAAUUAUGAACAAGAAAUGAAAAUAUGUGAAAAUUAUAUUGAGGGAAUAAAAUGGCUAGUUGAAAUGUAUACUAAAACAUAUUGUAUAAAUUUUAAUUUUUUUUAUAAAUAUUCAAUUAGUCCAUCUUUAUUAAGUUUAUAUUAUUAUUUAUGUCAACAUAAUGUAAAAACUUAUAAUAAUGAUUAUACAAAUAUAAUGCAAAAUAUUAAUUUAAACAUAUUUAAAAAUAAUUCUGAUUAUUACAAAUUUAUUAACUUUUGUGUUAAUAAAUAUAAUGAUAUCAAAUUGAAACUAAAAUUGGAGGGAUACAAAGGAGAAGCGAAUGAUAAAAAAGAAACAUCAAACAAUGAAAUGAUAAAUAUGGAAAAAGCAUCAAAAGAAUCGAUUUCUUUUUCUUCAGUAAAAAGAGAAAAAGAUAAUGUGUGUAAACACAAGAAAAAUAUAAAUUAUGAUGAUAAUAAAUAUUUUGAAAAUAUUUAUGACAUUUUAUUAUCUAAAAAUAUAAAUGUUAUAAAAAAAAGUGUUGAAAAACUUAAUGAAAUAUUAAGAAAUUUUCCAAAGACAAAAAUGAUUAAAUAUUAUUGGGAUAUGUAUGCAAAAAAAUUAAAAAAAUUUUAUAAAAUUAUAUAUUAUAAAUCGAAAAAAAUAUUUGUAGCAAAGGUUUCGUUAUUUAAUAUAGAAUUUGAAACAAAAUUUAACAGUUCUACUAAUUUAUUAUCCAAUAAUAAAACUUUUUCAAAUAGCAAAAAAAAAAUUGAUAACAAUAAAUCUUUAGAGGAAUUAGACAAGUUAGAUUUCAAUAUAAAAAAUAAUUAUAUUUAUUCACACAAUAAUUUAAAAAGAUGUAAUAAAAAAAACAACAGACUGUUCAGCAAAACUCAAAAUAUUGAUAACAAUACAAAUAAAUUUUCAAAAAGAGUGAUAAAAAUUAAAAGUAUGAAACUUGUUUACCGUUAA